AUGGCUGGUGAAGAUAAUCAAACGUGGGAAAUGAAAGAAGCUUUGACGAUAGAAGUGGAAGAAGCAUCCAACUCUACGAAAAAAUCACCAAUAGCUGUUUGGUGUCAACGUUUGUUUACACUUGAUGUAGUGGCACGUGAAAAACAUUAUUUUCCUGUCUUUAUCACUUUUCUGUCUAUUUUGCAUCUUUCCAUUCAUUCAACAACAUUUCUCGAUCUUCGAUGGAAAAAGCAAAAAUUUCUUGAUACUUUAAAAGACCUUCUGAUGUUUUUCGUUCCAUGUAUGCGACCAGCAUCGAGUGAAUCUCGUGCAACUAUCGUCUAUUGUCCUUCAUUAAUAGAAAAUCGAACGUGUAAUUACGAUGAUCAACUGAAAAACUACUGUCUUUCGUUUGCAUAUCCACAUCAAUAUUGGCGAAUGGUAUCGGUAAACAUAGUGCAUUUGAAUUGGAUACAUGUUAUCGCGAAUGUCUCAAGACAAUUGAUGUACGGCAUCUUACUCGAAAGGAAAUACGGUACAAUGCGGUUAUUCGUUGUUUAUUGGCUUUCGGAACUCGGCGCAAGUCUAACUUGUCUGUUAAGUAGCACAAGUCUUCAUAAUUCUAGCAUUGGUGCGUCCGGUGCGAUAUAUGGCAUUAUGUUCUUCUUCAUUAUCGAACGUUUUUCUGCAAUGGCCAACAAUGCUAACAAUCGUAUUUUCGUCGUGAUACAAUUGCUUGUAUUAGUCGUGUUACCUAUGGUUGUGAGCGUGACUAUAGCUAUGAUUUUGAAAAUACGUCCCGCACAUCUCGCUCAUUUGGGUGGUAUAGUAGUAGGUUCUCUAUUUGGCAUCGGAAUAUUCGGCUUUCCGUAUAAACAAGGACGUGGUGGUUGUCAAGUGAUCUGCCCUUUACGACGAAGAAUUAGAACAAGUAUUUUUCUCCUGAGAAUGCGUCGCGGCAAUGACGUUAACUUGGAAUUAGAAGAGCCAUUAGCAAUACAUGUGGAUGUAUCUGAUCCUGCUAGGAGAAAAACUUCUCAUUUACGAUGUCGGCAAGUCUUCACACUCGAUACUUCAACCAACGAAAAACGUCAUUUUCCGAUAUUUAUUAUUUUCAUGUCUAUCGUACAUGUUGCUAUUCAUUUGACGACCUACAUCAACAUCCUUUGGAGAAAUCAACGUUUUCUAGAUACGUUGAGAAAUCUUUUCUGCAUCUUCCUUCCAUGCAUGCGACCAGCACCUGCAUACGUUCGUGAACAUACGGUCAAUUGUUAUUCCUCGCCGAAAAAUGAAACAUGUAAUUACGAUGACGAUCUGAAGAACUUCUGCUUUUCUUUCUUCUAUCCGCAUCAAUACUGGCGGAUCAUUACCGUUAAUCUCGUUCACAUCGAUUGGUUACAUGUCGUGAUCAAUUUGACCAUGCAACUUCUGCUCGGUGCUCUACUCGAACGGAAAUACGGUUCAGUUCGAAUAGCUGGCAUCUAUUGGACGUCAAAUUUCGGUGCUUGUCUAUUUGCUCUAUUACAUGAUAGACGUGGUGGUGUUGGAGCUUCUGGUGCUAUUUAUGGUUUAGCAUCGUUCUUCAUUAUUGAACGUCUUAAUGCAAUGAGACAUCAACAUACUCCACGUUCGUGUGUAUUUAUUCAAUUAAUUAUCUUUUUUGUCCUUCCAAUGACCGUCGCAGCAUGUAUAUCAGCUAUUCUUCGAUUACGUGUUGGACAUGCUGCUCAUUUUGGCGGUGGUUUCGUUGGCUUCUUGAUCGGUAUCACUAUGUUUGGCUGUCUAUGUUCUGCUGAACAGAAUUGCUAUCUGAAGACAGUCCGACUGAUUGGAUUAAUGACUCUUUCUCUGUAUUUUUUCAUUGACAAAGAUUACGCCGGUUUUCCACAUCAGAUGGCACAUACAAACGAGAAUAUCCAUUUGGAAAUGAAAGAAUCGCCAGCGACAUGUGUAGUCGAACCGAUAUCCGUCGGAAAACUCAAUAUUCGCUCACGAUUACGAAGAUUUUUCACUCUCGACCAUGUUCCGAAUGAAAAGCACCAUCGUCCCAUAUUCAUUCUCACUAUGUCUCUCGUACAUGUGAUUAUUUAUUUAAUUAUACACAUUAAUCUUACUUGGAGAAAUAAAUAUUUCGUGUUUUCACUCUAUGCACUGUGGAUGCUUUUUCUUCCGUGCAUGAGACCAACACCGAUCGAUAUUCAAAUGCGCGUUGUCGACUGUGAACUGCCAAUCAAGAACAAAACAUGUUACUACGGUGAUCGAAUACAGAGUCUAUGUACUUCGUUUAUGUAUCCGCAUCAAUACUGGCGAAUGAUCACCGUGAACUUAAUUCAUAUGAAUUGGUUACAUUUGAUCUUCAAUAUAUCUCGACAAUUAUUACUUGGCAUUUUACUCGAGCGGAAAUAUGGUUCACUUCGCAUCGCUGUUGUGUAUUGGCUUUCGAAUACUAGUGCUUGUUUAUUUGCUAUGCUGAAAGAUCGAGCAGGUGGUGUUGGCGCUUCCGGUGCCGUUUAUGGUAUACUUCUGCUUUUCAUCGUUGAACGUCUCAAUGCGAUCAGAAUAACCAAAAAUUAUCGUCUCGUUCUUUUACAACUGCUUCUAUUAGUUGUACUACCGAUGACAAUUACAGUAUCGAUAGCAAAUAUUCUUCAGUAUAUUGUCGGACACUCGGCUCAUUUUGGUGGUGCGGUAGUAGGCUUUCUCGCCGGUAUCGGCAUGUUCGGUUGUCCGUAUCCGAGGAAAAAUGCAUAUCAAACGAUUUGCCGACAAAUAGCAAUUGUUCUACUCAUCAUUUAUUUUAGUUUAUGUUUGAUAAUAUUUUUCCUGAUAAACGCGUCGUAUAUCGACUGGUCUUCAUCACGGCCGUAA